AGCAUGCUCUUGGAAUGUAUUAAGAUCAACUUGAAUUAAUGCUCUAAUGAAUAGCAAAUUUAACAUCAACUAUAUGUUUAAAAAAAUACAUUAGGUGCUAAUAAUUGGUCAUCAGCAUUUGCAAUAAUUUUUAAAAUAAGCUAUGAAUACUUUUUUAAAAUAAGCUGUUUGGCGGCCUUUCGAUCUUUGAUUCCUAAUAGAGAAGAUACUUACAUUCACACAUAGGAAAACUCAAUAUUUAAAGAAAUUUUCAGAAGAAUAUUAGGAUUUCAUCACAUGAUAAUAUCUGUUAUCAAUUAAUAUUUGAAAGUAAAUUUCCAUUUUAGAAAAUUGAUUUAUAACAUACAACUACAUCAUGGUGUAGCAUUUUUGAAUUAGAUGAUUAAUAUUAAUAUAUUUAAUUAUAAAAUUAAAAUAAAUUUAAGAAUUAAAAAAAAUAGAUCGAUAACUUAAUACAACUGA